AAGCAGGUGGGUGUCAGGUAAAACGUGACGUCAUGAUGAUACUUUUGAACUCGUUGGCAGUAAAUCCAUAAAGGUGUGUAGUCUAACUGCACAGGUAGCCGGGCAGGGAAAAAAGGCUGAACCUUAGACUGAAGAGAAAGCGCCGCAGGCUGCUGGAUAUAUACACAGGGGGGGCCUAACAUGCGCCAGGAGGUCUGAGUCGCCGUGGUCUACCUGAGAGUCACCCCUACCUGUCGAACGAGGACACCGGGAUGUACCCCAACUCCCUGAACAGUCAGUACAUUCCGCCGUAUGACUUCACCGCUUACCAUCAUCAUGUCUCCGGGGUCGGUGACCCGUCGACGAGCGCCUGGAACCCUGUUUACACCCCCAGGGAUGAGUAUCCGUACAGCUUCUCGGGAUCGAGCCCCAGCACCGGGCAGGUGAGCUUCACCUCCCCGGAACUGAGCGGCACGCCCACCGCAGCCGGAGGGGGGUCGCUCACCCCGUACAACUUCAUCUCCGGACAGGACCUGUUCAGCUCCAGGAGGAGACCGCACGAGCCCAUCAGACACACAGUUUCAGGGGGAAAGACCCGCACCAAGGACAAGUACAGGGUGGUGUACACCGACCACCAACGGCUGGAGCUGGAGAAGGAGUUUCAGUUCAACCGCUACAUCACCAUGAGGAGGAAGUCCGAGCUGUCCGUGGAACUCAGCCUCUCUGAGAGACAGGUGAAGAUCUGGUUCCAGAACAGGCGUGCCAAAGAGAGGAAGAUCAACAGGAAGAAGCUGCAGCAUUCCCAGCAGGCCUCCACAACUACGCCUACCCCACCUGUGCUAGGUGGCCCAAGUGACGGCCACACCACCACCAGCCCCAGCAGCAACAUCAUGACGGACAAGAUAUCAGAGGAGUACUAGGGGAAGUUCAUAUGGAAGACUGAUACAGUAUCUGAUGUGUAAAUAGUUUUUUUUUUUGUUUUGUUUUUUUUGUUUUUUUGUUUUUUGCUUUUUACCACACAAUGGAUGAAGAUGAUUCACAUCAACGCAAUGUUUGAAUUCUGCACUUCUCACCUUUUAUAAUAUAAAGCACCAUAAUCAGAUUCAUCCUAUCUAACGGGCAUUUGCCAAGUGCCUUCCAUCCUUGGGUUAAUACGGGUCAUUGUCAGCUUCAGCAUAUUGAUUUUUAAUACCACUUGUGAAACUUGUCAAACUGACAAUGAAACGGCGUUAUUAUAUCGGUUCAUAGAAUGAAAGUUCAUGUUUUUGUCAGAUUCUGAUGUAUCGAGAGAGAAAAAAUAGCCCCAAUGCGUAUUUUUGAGGAAGUAAAAUGAAACCAAUGAGGGGUAACUUGCAUUUACGGGAAAUGGAGAGAGCAAAGGGUCUGUUUUUGCUCAUGAAAGUAAAAAAAAAAAAAAAAAAAUCUUAAACAACGGUUUUAAUGUUGUUUCUCUUGAAAUAUUGAUUUAGUGUCUGUAAUGGGAAUGGAUUGUGAAAUACAUACUGUACGGAAGAAAGCAGCUGUAUAUAGUAUAAGCAGUAGAGUGAGUACACAGAAAUGUGAAACCAAAACAGUAAAACCAAGAAAUUGAUAUUAAACACGGUUUGUCAAGUGGC